AUGGUCGAAGAACCGACGGACGAUCGCGAAAACGCGGAAGCGGACGAAGACGGCGCCUCCGCGCCAGUUCCAGAGAAGACACAAGUCGGCGGCUCACCGGUAUACAUCGUGGAAAGGAAACUCGGGAAAGGCGGUUUCGGCCAAGUGUACGUUGGGAGAAGAGCGACGACGUCGACGGCGAAAGGCGCGAACGAACACAUCGGUCCUGGAGCGAACGAAAUCGCCUUGAAAUUCGAGCACCGAUCGAGCAAAGGGUGCAACUACGGACCGCCGUACGAGUGGUCGGUGUAUAAUUCUUUAGGCGGAAUUUUAGGCGUUCCGAAAGUACAUUUUAAAGGGAGACAAGGGGAAUGGUACGUGAUGGUUAUGGAUUUACUUGGGCCUUCGUUGUGGGAUAAAUGGAACACGUGCGGACAAUCGAUGUCGCAAGAGAUGGUUUCGUGCAUCGCGGUGGAAGCGCUGGCAAUUUUGGAGAAUUUUCACAGACAAGGGUUCGUGCACGGGGAUAUUAAGCCGGAGAACUUUUUACUCGGACCACCGGGGACGCCGACGGAGAAGAAGCUGUAUUUGGUUGAUUUAGGUUUAGCGACGAGAUGGAGAGAUCCGGUGUGCGCGGCGCACGUCGAUUACGACCAAAGGCCGGACGUGUUUCGAGGGACGGUGAGAUACGCGAGCGUGCACGCGCAUUUGGGGAGAACGGCGUCGAGAAGAGACGAUUUGGAGAGUUUGGCGUACACUUUGCUGUUUUUGUUGAAAGGGAGAUUGCCGUGGCAAGGCUAUCAAGGCGAUAACAAAGGCUUUUUGGUGUGUAAGAAGAAGAUGGCGACGUGCGCGGAGAGUUUGUGUCGGUAUUCGCCGCCGGCGUACAGACAGUUCAUGGAGGCGGUGAUUAACUUGAAAUUUGACGAGGAACCGAAAUACGCGGCGAUGGCGGCGUUGUUCGAACCGUUGUGUGGUCCACCAGGGAGACGACCGAUUAGCACGGACGGCGCGAAGAAAGUUGGAAUGAAACGAAAAGCGACGGAUAUGGGCAACUUGGAAGAAGACGAUAAAGGAGCGGCGAAGAAGAAGGUUAGAAUUGGAAUUCCGGCGCAACAGUGGAUCACCAUUUACAACGCGCACAAACCGAUGAAACAAAGAUAUCACUACAACGUGGCCAACUCAAGAGUGGAGCAACACAUUGAAAAAGGCAACGACGACGGUUUAUUCGUCAGUUCGGUGUCUUGCGCGCAAGAGUUGUGGGCGUUAAUCAUGGACGCCGGGACCGGGUAUUCCGCGCAAAUGUGGAAUUUGAGCACGCAGUUCUUACCGAAAGAAUGGAUUUUGGAGCAAUGGGACGAUGGCUAUUACAUCACCUCUUUGGCUGGAUCGACGACCGGGUCCGCUUUGGUCAUCAUGUCCAAGGGCACGCCGUACACGCAACAAUCAUACAAAGUUUCCGACUCGUUCCCGUUUAAAUGGAUAAACAAAAAAUGGAAGGAAGGGUUUUACGUGACUUCCAUGGCCACAUGUGCUACGAGAUGGGCUAUUUGCAUGUCCAGAAAUGCCGGUUUAGUAGAUCAGUGUGCGGAGUUGGAUUACAUGUACCCGUCCGAAGGCAUCCACCGCAGAUGGGAUUGCGGUUUCAGAAUCACGUGUUGCGCGGCCACUCCGGACCAAGCCGCGUUCGUUUUGUCCAUCCCUCGUCGACGACCAGGAGACGAGACGCAAGAGACGCUGAGAACGUCCGCGUUUCCACGAACGCACGUCAAGGAAAAGUGGGCGAAAAAUCUCUACAUCUCCGCGGUCGCGUUUGGCCGCACCGUCAGUUAA